AUGGCCAGCCAACAGGCCCGCGUUGCAGCCAUGACGGCUGAGAUGGAGGCGCUCCAGGCGCGCAUCGCAGGCGCUCCAACCCGCGACGAAGCUCUAGAGCUCGCCAUCAAAGCUGCCGAGCUGUGCAUGCGGGCCCUGAAGGUUGCCACUGACAAGCGCCAGAAAGCAGGCCUGAGUUCGCACUGCCAAACGCUCCUCACCGAAGCUGAGCGUAUCAAAAAGUCGCCUGAAUGGCCAGCAGCAACCCUUCCGAACAUCUCAUCGCUCAGUUUGGACUCCACUCCGUCACGUGCACCGCAAUCCUCUAGGGCCAUAUCGCCCCUCACUCAAAAGCCCCCGAAAAUCAAGCCGGAGCCCGUUUCCGAUCGAGCGCUUCCUACGUCUGAGCAGAUCUUACUGCUGAAAAGCUCCAAGAUCAAUGGUUCAACCUUUCCUCCGUGGAAAGACGGCCCUUCUGCGGCCGACUUCGUGCUGGGACCUGGCGAGGCCCUAUUUGAGGACGACGUUGAACUCCGUCUUUCUCCAGCUCAGCUGAAGUUCUUUGAUGGCUGGAAGCGUGCCAAGGAUGCUUUGCCACCGCCAGCCUGGGCAGCUGCUGGCACUGCCGAGGACGGCCCCACGAUGAUCAAGGAGAAUCGUAACGACAUGGUGCAGGAUGUCGCAACUGACUGCUCAGUCGUUGCCGGUCUUAUCGCUGGCUCAGCCCGAGUUGAGCGUGGAAAUGAUCAGCUUCUUUCCAACUACCUUUGGCCCUAUGACUAUUCUGCCGGCGUGCCGCUUCUCUCUGAGAAUGGCAAGUACGUCUUCCGUAUGAACUUCAACGGCUGUUGGAGGAAGGUGGUUGUAGACGAUCGGUUACCCGUGUCGAGAACCACCCGCAUGCUACACGUCCUCGAUCGUCAGAACCCUUCGCUGUUGUGGCCUGUACUUCUGGAAAAGGCCUAUCUUAAGGUCCGCGGAGGAUAUGACUUCCCGGGCAGCAGCUCCUGCACUGACCUCUGGACCCUCUGCGGCUGGAUUCCUGAGCAGAUAUUCCUUCCAGAGGCCGACAUCAUCCCCAACGAGCUAUGGGCCAGGCUCUUCAAGUCUUUCGGAUAUGGCGAUGUUCUGAUGACCGUUGGUACUGGUAACAUGAGCCGGCGGGCUGAGAGGGAGCUGGGACUCGAAAGUCAACACGACUACGCCGUCCUUGACCUGAAAGAGAAGAAUGGUGAGAAAAAAUUGCUCCUGAAGAAUCCUUGGGCCGAAGGAACUGGAUGGCGUAGUGCACGUCGGCCAUCGUACACCGCUGAGGAAGAUGCUCCGGAACCCUCGAGCGAUUCGGACGAACAGAGUCUCUCGCCAGGUACUUUCUGGAUCAGCCUCGAGCAAGUUUUCCAGAACUUUGAAAAUGUGUACGUCAACUGGAACCCCGCUCUUUUCCGCUACCGGCAGGACAUCCAUUUCCAUUGGGACUUGGCUUCUUCUCGCCACGUCCCAGGUUGUCUUGUCAACAAUCCACAAUUCUCGUUAAAGGUCCAGGUCGGGGAGCCAGUUUGGCUUCUACUGUCUCGACAUUUCAAGGAUACAGAGGUCGAUAGUAUGGACGGAGGCGGACCACCCCAACGGAGUGCAACGGCGACCCCUGAUACCAUCUCUGGUGCAGACAGUGGAUACUAUUCUCGUCUGUCGCCAGAGACGAGCCAGACGAGGUCGGAAUCGCCCGCUCAUGGUGACCUUGCCCGUGGCUAUAUCAGCCUCUACAUAUUCGAUGAAGGCGGAAAUCGUGUAUACACGAGCCUGGAUGCACUGGAGAGCGGUGCCUUUGUGAGCAGUCCGCAAAUGCUCCUCAAGUGGAAGAACCCUUCCAAGUCGACGUACACGGUGGUCGUGGAGCAAAUGGAGCUUGCGUCGGGGGCAUACACUUUCACCCUGUCGGCCUUCUCUCCCAAGCGCGUGUAUCUCGACCACGCGAUAGAGAAACGCGACCACAGCACGAAGCUAAAGUCGAGGUGGAACAAAAGCACCGGCGGCGGAAACCUGCACAGCGCGGACUUCAGCAAGAACCCGCAGUUCAAGCUCAGUGUGCCGCAGGCGACAUCUCUGGCUGUGCUCCUGCAGGUACCGGCCGAGUCAGUCAAGGUCAACGUCGUCGUGUUGUAUGGGAAGGGGAAGAGAAUGCACACGGUCAAACCCCGCGACGUAGUGGUCAGCUCUGGGCUCUACAGGAAACACUGCGCAUAUGCAGAGAUGCAGAACGUGGACCCAGGCGUGUACACGAUUGCAUGCUCGACGUUUGAGAGUGGGCAGGAAGCAAGCUUUGAGCUCCGAGUGGACAGCGAUGUCCGCUGCCAGUUGACACCAAUCGCUCAAGAAGGAGCCGGGAUGCUCUCGAUGCAGCUGGCACAAGCGUGCUUCAACCCUGCAAGCAACCGGGUUGCAGCGCCGGUGAUCCCGCGCAAACUCGUUCGCGUCAAGAUUGUCGCGAAGUUCGUGCGGGCGUUUGGCUCCCACGACGCUCCCGGGCUCCAGGCACGGACGCGCAGCCCACUUCGGGUAACCCUGGAGAUCGGACGCGGACCGGAUCGCCGGAUUCUGAUCUCUAGCUCGGGCGGCGAGUACAGCGACGCGGAGGCUGGCGUCCGCACCGAGGAGGUGGACCUCAGGCCAGACAUGUUGCGCCAGGGCGACAUGUGGCUUGUCCUGGACAGGCUGAGCGGGCCGACGACGGGCUGCUCGGAAUACUACUCGGUCGAGCUGUUUUGCGACAGCGCCAACGGAGUCGCGGUGGGCGUGUGGCGGGGCUGGGACGCGUGA